CAGAAACACGAGAGGCCACGGAACUUGAUCCUCUAAGGCACACCUGCAUCCAUCAAAGACCCUUCCAACAGACAUCUUCAACACCACCAUCCCCUCCAUUAUCCUCCCACAGCCCGAUCACAGUCAAAGGCUACACUUGAUGCGCCUGCGAUAGCAUAACGAUACCAUCCCCUGUCGGACAACAGACUAGAUCAUCCACUAGCAGUAAUCGCGAACAUCACCAACCUUCCAAAAACACCCCUUACGAAGUCCCCUUUCCUGGAGGUACCGAGUCCUCCUAUUCCCAACCGCAGAGAUGGACGACAAAAAGAAUGAAGAUUUCAACAUCAAGAUGCCAGAGUUCAAUUCGGGGAGGUCGUCGCCCUCUUCCAAAGAACCCUUCCUUGCGAGAUCCCCCAGGCACAAUUCGGCUGGUCCACCUGCCAUGUCCAGCAUUACGAAUAGUCCUCCCAUCUCUAUUUUGGCAUACUGCUUAGCAUCGAUUUCCAUGACCGUGACGAACAAAUACUGUGUUUCGGGAGCAAACUGGAACCUCAACUUUUUCUACCUAGCGAUUCAAGUAUGCCAAUCCACUCUAUAACAGCUAUAUGAAGGAAACUAAUCAGAAAUCAGUCUCUUGUCUGUAUUAUCGCCAUUAUUAUCUGCAAGCAAGUUGGGAUGAUUACAAAUUUGGCGCCAUUUGACGCGAAAAAGGCCAAGACUUGUCAGUAAACUGUUGAAUUUUAGAAAAGUCGGAGUAUUAAUUCUCUGCAGGGUUCCCAAUCUCUCUCCUCUUGGUUGGAAUGAUCUACACCAGCACGAAAGCCCUCCAAUUUCUGUCCGUUCCCGUCUACACCAUCUUCAAGAACUUGACCAUCAUAGUCAUCGCAUAUGGAGAGGUUCUCUGGUUUGGUGGAAGUGUUACGGCAUCCGCCCUGUUCUCCUUUGGUCUUAUGGUUCUCAGUUCCGUGGUGGCUGCCUGGGCUGAUAUUCAACACGCGCUUUAUGGAAGUGCAGCAAAGAGUGUCGAGGCUGCUGAAGCCAUCUCAACAUUGAACGCAGGUUAUAUGUGGAUGGGAAUGAAUGUUUUCUGCACUGCAGCAUACGUUCUCUCUAUGCGCAAAGUUAUUAAGAAGAUGAACUUCAAGGAUUGGGACAGUACGUUGAAAUCCAUUUUUUGAGUUCGGUAUUGAAAAUUUGCUAAUGUUGCAUAGCUAUGUUCUACAACAACCUCCUCACCAUCCCUGUCUUGUUCCUCUGCUCCUUUAUCUUCGAGAACUGGUCUUCAAAGAAUAUUGCCUUGAACUUCCCCGAAGAGUCACGCAACAAGUUGAUUUCCGGCUUCAUCUACUCCGGUCUGGCCACCAUCUUCAUCUCAUACUGCUCCGCUUGGUGUAUUCGUGUUACCUCUUCUACCACAUACUCCAUGGUUGGAGCACUCAACAAGCUCCCAAUUGCCGUCAGUGGUCUUAUCUUCUUCGCUGCACCAGUCACUUUCGGAAGUGUGUCGGCAAUUAUCAUUGGGUUUGUUAGUGGUAUUGUUUACGCUUGGGCCAAGGUCAGACAAUCUCAGAUGAACAAGAUGUCUUUACCUACAUCGCAACCAGUCAUGAGUGCCAGCUCUCAAAGCAACCGGGAUGCUUCAAGCUCCUAAAUUUAAUACGCAUGCGCCUGGCUGUAUUCUUCCUUUCCUCGGCUUAGCGCUAUUCGAGACUCGAUUCAUGUCUCUUUUCAAGAAUCUAAUUCAACCAUACUCUCCAUUGGGAAGAGGAAUGAGAAGUUUCUGAUUCGAAGGAAUCAAAAAGAAUCCUUUUUUUGCUUAUGUAUUAUAAUUUUUCCCUUUUGUGUUGAGUUUUAGAUGGUGUGAUUCGGUAUCAUACGAACUAAACCGGGUAGAAUCGUUGCAGGCUUUCUAAGGAGCGUGCAUGAUAUACCGAUGAGGCGUCAUUCUUGAAUCAUGGGUGCAUUGUAGGGAUUGUCAACCAAAAACGAAUAAUGGAACCAUAGAAUAUUUAGUACCUAUUUGUGAUGA